CCAAUUGCAACACACCUAAGCCUUUGACGCGCGCUUAUAUUUUAGAAAACGAAGACGAAAAAGUAAAAAUUUACAGACAUGGACGAAAACUUUAAUUUUAGUGUGUUUUCUUCGAAAUGUAAUGAGUACGUCCAGCAGCACCCAAUCAAUUUGAAAGAGCUGUGCAUCACAAAAUCGGUUAUAAAGACAAAUGAUUUCUUUAAAAGUGUCGAAGCCGAGGAAGCUGAAAUGGCACCGGCAUUGUCUAACAAAGAGCUUGGCACAAUGGAUGAAUAUGCAGAGCUGUUCAAAGUAUUUGACACAUAUCCCACUAAUCUCCAGCGUUUGCCGAAAAAACGUGAUCUGCAACGCACCAACUCCGCAAUUCUCAAGGGGAAUGAUACCAUACUGGACCAAACUGCUAUUAACAGUUCAAAUGUAUCUCUAGCACCUAUCUGCAAUCGCUUGGAUGAUCAGCCAAGCGCAGCAAAAGUGUACAGCGACUAUAAGAAGUUUCAACAGAAGUUACGACAAGCAUACAAUGAAGCUGCUUCCCUAGAAAAGGAACAAACUAAAUGGUUGGCCAAAAUCGCACAACUGGAAAUGUUUGUUCAACAGCUGGCGAAACUAAUGCCCUGCGAGAGAGAGGCGCCAGAUGCCUUCACGGCUGAAGAACAGAGCAAACUUGCUACAAUUGCAGAGAACAUGAUGGAAUUGAAUUAUCUGCGUGCCAACAGUCUCACCCAAUUGGUCAAUCCUAUGGACACGACUGGGCGUCAGGACACUUUUGUGGAUGUUCUAAACUACGCUCUGAUGCAAAUAAACUCAUUCUGUACUCCCUAAAUAUGUGUUUGUUUUCCCGUAAUUUUAUUGUAAUGUAAUAUUAUCCAGACAUUUCGGAUGUGUU